GCGCGCCCUCCUCCCGCGCCUCCCACGCCGUCCCGUCGGAUGCAGCGCUCGUUCCGCCCCGCCGCCCCGCUGCUCCUCCGCCGCGCGUGCCCACCGCCGCCUCCUCCGCCGCCGCCGCGGCCUCGUUCUUCCAGGCCCGGGAGGAGCCCGUGAGGUUACCAUUGCGCAAGCCUAGGCAGCAACGACGCCCAGCUCACCCGCCUUCAUCAAUAGGGGUCGUCCGUCCACCACCGCGCGUCGCCAGUCGUGUCACCACUGCCACUUCCACUGCUUAUGAGAGCCCUCACUGCCGCCACAAUAUCCUCCCCGACCCGCGCCCUCCUCCUCCUCCACCUCUCCUUCCCUUCAACCCUCCGCCUCCCUCUCACCAUGAACCCCUCCUCCUCCUCUGGCUACCGCUCCAAUGCUGCUGCCUCCGCCUCCACACACCAGCCGCGCGGUGGCCGUGGUGGCGCCAGGCGACCGGGUGGCCGUGGUGGCGGUGGCGGUGGCGGUGACGGCAGAGACCGCAUCGACGCCCUUGGCCGCCUCCUGACGAGGGUCUUACGGCACAUGGCACCGGAGCUGAGGCUGGACAUGAGGAGCGAUGGCUACGUGCGGGUGCGCGACCUGCUCCGCCUCAACCUGCAGACCUUCGCCAAGGUUCCGCUCAACUCCCACACGGUGGACGAAAUCAGGGAGGCGGUCAGGCGAGACAACAAGCAGAGGUUUGGUCUGUUGGAGGAGGAUGGAGAGCUGCUGAUUCGAGCUAACCAGGGGCACACUGUGACAACUGUUACAUCAGAGAGCUUGUUGAAACCAAUUCUAUCGGCUGAUGAAAUCUCAGUCUGUGUCCAUGGAACUUACAGGAAAAAUGUUGAUUCAAUAUUGAAAUAUGGGCUUAAACGUAUGGCAAGGCUACAUGUACAUUUCUCAAGUGGUUUACCAUCAGAUGGGGGAGUUAUUAGUGGUAUGCGGACUAGCGCAAACAUAUUGAUAUAUUUGAAUGUCAGAAAGGCACUGCAAGACGGGAUGAAGCUAUACAUCUCAGAAAACAAGGUGAUCCUGACGGAGGGCUUCGACGGCGUCAUCCCCGUCAAGUACUUUGAGAAGAUCGAAACAUGGCCAGGACGUGCCCCGAUACCGUUCUAGAGGUAGAAGAGACCUUACCGUAGCACCGGAGUUCCCGCACAGCCUCCUGUUCAGCGAAAACUUGGGAUGAAAUGUGCAAAAUAACCGUGGUUUCAUCAUGUUACCCUGGUAAUAGUUUCUCCUUGCCGAAAAGGAAAUCAACCAUGUUGUGCAAAAUAACCGUGGUUUCAUCAUGUUACCCUGGUAUAUGAGGAGGACCUUGUACUGGUUGUGCAAAACCCUGUGUAUGAUGAUGAUGAUGACCAGAUGUUAUGGAGUAGCAGGUUUGGUUUA